UAGACAGAGUUGCCAAAGGAGAAUUGAAUUCUGCUUUUGCUGUUGUGAGGCCUCCUGGCCAUCAUGCUGAAAAAGAUGAAGCAACGGGAUUCUGUCUAUAUAACAAUGUGGCUAUUGCAGCAAGUUUUCUGUUAAAUGAAAGAUGUUGCAGCUUUGUUAUAACCAGUUAACAGGCAGCAUACCCACCAAGCUUAGUUCUUUGAAGAAGCUUAGUGUUGUUGCUCUCCAAUCUAAUCACCUCACUGGUGCAAUCCCUGCAAGUUUAGGUGAUCUGAGUAUGUUAAGGAGACUAGAUUUGAGCUUCAAUCGCUUAUUCGGUUCAAUCCCGCAAAAAUUAGCUGAUGCUCCUCUUCUGGAAGUUUUAGACAUUCGAAACAAUACUCUGUCUGGCAAUGUGCCUCCUGCUUUGAAGAGACUGAAUGAAGGAUUUCUAUAUGAAAACAAUCUGGAGCUAUGUGCAGCUGGGUUUUACUUGAAGGCUUGCAGUGCUUCAAGUAGAAUCAAUCCUAAUAGACCUGAACCUUUUGGAACUAGUACAACAAGAAACAUGCCGGAGACAGCAGAUUUGCAGCCGCCUUGCAACCAAACUUUCUGCUCAAAUUCAUCCAAAUCUCAUCAAGCAUCUGUUGUUGUUCGUGCAAUUGUUGUAACCAAUGCAUUAUUAGCUUUCCAGGAUAAUAAACACAGAUGCUAUGACCGUUUGGAACUGGUGCUUGACUUGGUCCUCACGUGGCAUUCAAUAUGAAUUUGUUUUACAGUUGAAAAU